GGAGAAUGGAAGAAAUUCAGACGCUCAAAUGACUUCUUUUACAAUAACGUGGAGAGGAAAGGAAACACACAAAAAGAUGAUGCGAAUAGCAGUGUGUCAUAUGAAUCUCAAUUUUUUGAACAAGAAAAUGAAUUUGGGGAUUUAAAUGAACAAAGUGAAGAUAUUGCUGAAAAUUAUGACAAGCACCAAGAGUUAACCACCAAAACACAGGAUUCUGAAGAUAUUUUUACCAAGCAAUCUAUCUCUAUGAUUACAGAGGAAUCUAAACAACCAUGUCAACAUAGUCAAAGUCAUUUGUCACCCACUGGCCACUAUACUGGGCUAUUGUUACAGUUUGACUUUGCAUCAAAUGUAUCACGUCAGCAAUCCUUUGUUGUUCAUGAUUAUAAUGCAAACAAAAGAACAAUUAUGCAUAAUUCAUUUGUAUUUGUUCAUCGAUAUCCCCACCUAUUGCUUGAUGGCUACGGUUGGAUAUUGUGCUGCUCAUGUGAUGCAAAUAGAAAGCAAUUUGUUGAAGCCCUACCUAAUAAUAUACAAUUAGAUCCUCAAAAAAAGGUAUGUAAAAUAGAUGUUACUGAAAUGAAAUUAUUAAAACAGGCCAAACAACAUUUUUAUACUUGUCAGAUAUACCAUAUCCCAGUUGCAUACACAUAUUAGCAAUGGAAAAAUAUCUGGUUGUGUAUGAUAGAAAGUUUGGUAUUGAAGCCAAAGAUUUUAUUGAAAAAAAAUCCACAUCCAUGAUGCAGUCUGUUUUCAGUGAUCAUUCCUACCAUGAGAUGCAACCUGAAGAAGUAUAUUUUGUUAUGUGAAAAUAACUUUUUUGUACAAAUACACGUAUAGUUUCUCAACCUUCUAAUACCCACAAUUUGUUACCAUACAUCCUGUGCCUAAGUUCAGGAGCUUCUAUAAAGCUAUUAGGGUGAUA